UGUUGAUCACGAAUUUCCUUUUGAUGCGGGGUGGGCCCUAAAAGAGAAUAUGAAGCUUGCAGGAAACUUGAGAGUUGAAGAUCGUUACUCACCUGAAGAUAUGCAUGCCAGUUUAGAAGAAUUGGCUGAAAAGGGAGAACUUGACUUUGAAAAAAUACCGACAGUAAAAACAAUAAAAGCUUGGAUAGAAAGAUAUAGUGCAAAUUUCAAAAAAGAGGCGUCAGAAAGAGCGCUGUCAGGAAAUAACGAUAAUCAUAUUGCAGUAGUUAACGGGAGUA